AUGAAAGAGGGAAAACAGAAAGUUCUAGUCAUCCAUGGUGAUUCCAAGAAUAACAAACGGCCCCGGGAAAAAAAAAGAAAUUCAGCGGACAACAAUGACCAGCAUAAUGAGUUAUUAAAAUAUAAACAGAGCUUUUACAUAAUCAGGAAAACGAUCAACCUUAUAAAAAAUCACUACACCAACAAAAUCAACAAGACAGACACUCUGCGGGAGAGAGAGCGGAAACACCUGUCCCACCUGAAGCGGGAAAACGUUAUUCUAGAAGAUAAGUGCACCUUUUACGCUGAACAUGUAGAAGAGCUAAAGAAGAUAUACACAGAGCAGAUAAAACUUAAGAACAGCAAAAUAGAGAAUCUGCAGGAUGAAUUGGAGAAAAUGAGAAAAGCCACGGAGAGUGAAGUCGAGUCCAACAGCACACGAAUACUUAAACUGCGAGAGGACCAAAUAGAGAGACUGUCGCAGCAACUGGACUCAAUCAACGGCUUGUACCACAAGCAAGUCGACAGUAACAAAAAACUAAUGAAGGAGAUAGAAGAACUGAAUAAAAGCAUUCUGUACCUUAAUAAUAAAAUACAGGAAGAAAAAAACAACCGCGACAAUGUGAGGAGGAGGCUCAAAUAUUACAAACGAUACACGAAAAAUAAGAAGCGAUUCAAGCUGAACUUCGACAUGGUGAUUGAUGACGAAGAAAGUGGAGGAAGGGAUGAAGAGGGGGACAUUUGCGUGUCUGUGUUAUGUCACUUAAAAACUGAACUGGACAUGAUAGACGAAGAGAAUAAAAAGAAAGCAGACAGCAGACGAGCCCAUCAUGGGGACAACAAUUGGAAUAAAAACAGAAACAAAUACAUCGAUAAGGAUAGAAUAAAAAUUCAGAGCAAUAAUUUUUUUCAAAAGAUUUUCGAAUCAAAUUAUAAAAAGAAGAAAAAAAAAAUAAAAUCCACUUUGUUUGAUACGAUUUACAAAAAACAAUUUUUCUCCUUUUACGAAAAAGCCUUUACUGAAAAUAGCGAUGUCAAAUUUGAAAACAAAAAAGUAUUUUCAUUCCCGGUGAACAAUUCAAGAAAGAGAAAUGACGGGUACAGCAGUUUGCACAAAGAGAUGAAGGACAACAUUGAGAAGAGGGAAGUAAAAAGGAACACGAGCAGGAGAGACAACAACGGUAGUAGCAAUAUUCACCGUGGCUUUAAUGGGCACAAUGGGGUGGACUCGAGGAAGGGAAAUAAUUGGAACGCCCCAACUUUAAACGACGUUUAUUUUUACAGCAACUUCGAUGAUAACUUUGACGAUAAGUGUGAUUACUUCGAUCAGGACGCCCCCAGUUCGGGACGGCCCUCUGGGGGUGAGGGGAAAGAGAGCGCGCACUGCGGUGGUGGGGAGGUGAAGCAGAGUGAAUGCAGCGGUGGUGGGGAAUUGAAACAGAGCGGAUCCAGUGAUCACAUGGGAGUGAAGCAAAGCGAGGGCAGCGAAGAAGACACUGAACGAGCUUCCCGGCAGAGAGCAGAUUGUGACCCCCAUAGAUGUCCCCCCAGAGAGACAAAUCCUACCGUGGAAAAUCCCCCCGCGGAGCUAUAG